AUGGUUUUCUCCAUCCGGGUCUCGGUGAUUAAGAACGCGCCAAACGCUUUGAAAUUGUUCGCAGUCCUGCAAUUGGUGCUGGUUGUCGCGGUGCUGCAGUUGCGAGUACUGGUAUCGCCGGAUAUGACGGUGCAUGACGACCGCCACGUCGUUCUCUGGUAUAAUCCGUCCAUAUAUCUGCAGAACCGGCCUACAGCCCUCGCCCGCUCGUUUGAUGCUUGUCCGGCGGCCCAUUGCCGCCUUACGUUCGACCUUGAGGAAGCUGCGCGGGCUAAGGCAGUCAUAUUCGAUGGACGGCGGAUUGCGCACCACUACCGGAAUUUCAGCCGUCCGUAUGGUCAGCUGUGGGUAUGGUGGGCAAACGAGCCGCCGUCCAAGUACUAUGAGACAGGGGAGGGUUGGGAGGAAUUUUCUGGCGAGUUUAACCUUACGAUGACCUAUCAUAGAAGGAGCGACGUUUAUGUACCGUACGGAAAACUUGUACCGAAGAGUCCGCCGGAACCAAAGGACUUCGCAGCAGUGGCCGAAAACAAGACAAGAUCAGUGCUUUGGGUCGCCUCGAACUGCCACACGUUUUCUUGGAGGGAACAGUAUGUUAAGGAGUUACAAAAGUACAUUGACGUGGACAUAUACGGGCGAUGUUCUCCCAACAUGAAACCAUGGACGUGCGGGCAACGCCAUUACCACGACCAAUGCUUCUCAAAGCUAAAUGCAUACAAGUUUUAUCUAGCCUUUGAGAACGCGCUAUGCGAAGACUAUAUAACGGAAAAGUUCUUCGAGAACUACGAUUAUGACACAGUUAUGGUGGCACGGGGAGGCGUGGACGCGAAUUACAAGGAAAUAAUCCCCGAAGACGUGUACGUCGACGCUAACGACUUUCCGAACCCGAAGGCUUUAGCCACUCACCUGAAAAGUUUGAUUGAUGAUGUUCCACGCUAUGCAAACAUGCUGGAAAAGAAGAACGUGUUUAAGAACAUGCCUUACCAUCUCAUCUACCAGAGUGCUCUGUGUCAGCUAUGUGACAAGAUCUCCUACCCUGAUAUGUUUGAAGUCUCCCGCUAUAAAAGUAUACGAGAUACAUUCCAUGAAAGUCAGUUCUGCAGGCAUCCAACAGAUUUGACAAAAAAGUACAGGUAG